AUGUACAAAUUUACGGUCACCCCGUCACCAAAUUUGGAUGAACUCCGUACUAUUCAAGCCGUAUCACAUUUAAGAUCUGCUUCGUCGGAAUCGUUCUUGGAUACAUUGUUACCAACAACAAAUGCAUUUCAAUAUCAUUGUAAGCGCGUAUCAUUACAGUGCACUAUUUGGCUUCAGUCAUUACUUAAUGAUAUCAGUUAUCCUCCUUUGAAUGGUAAUGGAUAUUGUUCAGUUAAUGGUGAUAUCGCCAUUGAAUGGAAAUCAACGCCUGAUACGACUCUCCUUAUAGCAUGCAGUUGCCAAACCUAUUGUUCCACGAAAAGAUGUAAAUGUUUUAAAUAUUAACUCAAGUGUACAAUUUUGUGUAAAAAGACAUUCGACAACGAUGGUCCAGUAGCGGUCCUUAGGUACGUAUGACUGUCUUUACAACGUACUCUUUCGAGGUAACUUUGCUGGAGAAAACUGCUUUCUUCUCUCUAAGGGCACGUGCGCCUAGUACCGCGCUCGGGAUGAUGUACACCAUUAAAACGAACCACUACGCUUGACAUCUGAAACAUGAAAUGAUCCAAAUCUGUCAAUGUAAAUAGGGCGUUGAAAGUUAAUCAUGAAAAAAAAUUUUCUCACAAUUCAAAUGUGUCAUAACCAUCUACAAAAAUAUUUUCGGUAAUAGAACAUCACUUUAGAGAAAAAGUCCAAUAAACGCACGCUAAUACAAAAUGUCCG